CGAAAGGCGCGGGCGGCGCGUGUUUCGGCCUCGCCGACCGCAUCCCCGUCCACCCGGGGAGAGCAUCGGCCCCACGGGGGCCCUCUCGGCCGUUUCUGUCUCCUCUGCAUGGCUGUCACCCCGCGAGCGGAGAGUCGUCGCUGAGACUGGCCGAUCCGGGACCCUGCUACCGAGAGCGCACCGGCCCCAGCUCAGCCAUGCUGGCCUGUCUGCAGAGGACCCAGAACCCCCCGGGUCAGCACCUGGCCUGCCCGAGCAAGAGCCUGGAGCGGCGCAAGUGCGAGGCGGUGGCCAGCUCCAUGCAUUCCUCCCGCUACCCGAGCCCGGCCGAGCUCGAUGCCUACGCUGAGAAGGUGGCCAACAGCCCGCUGUCCAUCAAGAUCUUCCCCACCACCAUCCGAGUGCCGCAGCACAAGCACCUGGGCCGCACCAUCAACGGCUACGACACGUGCAGCCAGCGCUACAGCCCCUACCCGCAGCACGCCGGCUACCAGGGCCUGCUGGCCGUCGUCAAUGCCAACCACCUGCUCGGGGAACUGCCUUAG